AAAAAUACCUCACGCGACACGAGGAGACCAGCGGAACUACACGCGCGCAGUGGGCCAGUUGACACCGGCAGUCCUUCACAUGUUGCACAAUCCCACCAGCGGCGAGCGUAGUUACGCGUCUGAGGACCCAGUUCGCUAACCAUCUCGCCACCACGGGUUUAAUUACUGCACAGCACAACAUGCUGGUGCCUCGCGGGGGAGCAGGCGGAGAGGGGGGCGUGUGGAGUCAGGUGAGACGCAUCAGAACCGGGGGACGCUCCGGCACAGGCGGCCGCUCCGUGUCAGGACGCGGCCUGAGGUGCACAACAGACGGAUCUGAAGAAACAUGAAGGGAAACCCCGGGGCCGGAGGCUGGCGUCAGCGCGCCGGGAACUGAUUCUACGACGUUAUUUCAAAGAGUCAUCCGCAGGUUUUAACAAUAAGCCUCCAAACAGCUGUAAUGACGGAGCACGUGGUCCCCACUCUUCUGCAGGGUGCCGCAGCACCCACAGGGGAACCCAUGGAUGUGGAGUGCCCCAUCUGCUACCAGGAGUACAACCAGCAUAACAAAUGCCCCCGGAUGCUGGAGUGCCUUCAUGUGUUCUGCACCGAGUGCCUCCAGAGGCUCCGGCUGUGCCCCCGUGAGCCCAGCGACCCGUCCAGCCCACCAGCUAUCCCCUGCCCCCUGUGCCGCCACCUCACACCGCUCGGAACCGGCAGCGCCCUCUGCCUCCCCUCCAACUCCCGCAUCCUGGCCAAACUGCCCCCAAUGGCCUUCCACUUGCCCAUGAGCAUGGCAGCCCGGCUGGCCUCGGCCUCGCCGAGAGUGCUGCUCUCCUUGGAGGGCGAGAGCAGGGACACCCGCUUCAUCAUCCUGCCCACCGUCAGCCUGCGGGUCCAGCAGAUGCACCCGGAGAGGCCGUACGGCGCGGCCCCCGGCCUGCUGGCGGAGGAGGAGGUGAUGCAGCAGAGCAAGAGCAAGCUGUUCUGUGUGAAGAUGCUGGCGGUCGUCUUCUGGGUGCUGUUCGCGAUCACGUGUGUGGUCGGCGUGGUGUUUGGGCCGCAUUUCUUUACCAGGAAGCGUGAGUAGGAAACAGGAUUUCAAUUUUAUAUAACUGUGAAGCAGGUGCCUUCAAACUUUUUAAACAUCCAUUGUGAUGACAUUUAGAAGAGAACAGAGCACAGAUAGUCUUUAAAUUAUUUAUGGAAAUUUCAUUCAGAUCCACUUUUUAUAGUGAUCCUUACUCGCUGUACUGCACAUCCGAGUGGUGCCAGUAGGCUGGUGAAGAGCUCCCUCUAGUGGUUUAUUUAUUAUUUGGCCAAAAUUCUACUCUCACUUUAAACAAAACGAAAUCUAUUUGUUUACACAGAAACUGACAGGAUAAGAAACUGAAUUUUCUGAAUUUUUCAUUCAACACUUAAUAGAUCAAAUCUGUCUGCAAGACAGAAAAAUUAAAUAAAUCAUUAUUUAUAAUCAUUAUGUCAUUUGUUUCAGUUUGUAGGUUAGUUCUUGGGCUGUUUUGAUUUUAAUUGCUGAAUAAUAAAUCUAUUAAUACUGACUUGUCAAUCCACAUCUGAACUGUAGUCCACCUGCUCAUGUUCUGAAAUCAUGUGUAUGAAUAGAAACCAUCUUUGUGUGUAAACUAAUUCCAUUAGCAAUCUGCUGGUCACCAGCUGGGCUUUCUCUGUUUUUGGUUAAAUACACAUUUUAUUUGUAUUGUGUGUAUUGAGUUUCACUUCACUCUAAUCUUUAUACUUGCUUGUAGAAUUUAACCACAAGCACUAAUGAUGAUACAGAUGUUAAUUUUAUACUUCACAUGUAUAUACAGAGAUGAUAAAUAUGCUAAUUGAUUUAUUUCAACAUUUUAUUAGUUGAUUACAAGUGUGCAAUGUAUCACAAAAUAUCGAUUGUCAAAUAAAGUGAUAAAAGUACUUGAUUUUAUUACCUUGAUAAUUUCCAUUUUAAUCAUGUGGAAGUAUUGUAGUAAAUGAUAGUAAAACUGCAAAAUAAUCAAUAUAAACUUUUCCCUUGCUGGAAAU